UGAGGAGCCGGAGUGAUUGGCUGACGGCGAGCUGUGGCGCCGACAUGGCGUUUGUAGCGGGAGUUAUUCGGCGUCUGGACCAGACGGUAGUGAACCGCAUAGCGGCGGGGGAAGUUAUCCAGCGGCCGGCUAAUGCUAUCAAAGAGAUGCUUGAAAACUGUUUAGAUGCAAAAUCAACAAAUAUUCAAGUGAUUGUUAAGGAAGGAGGCCUGAAGCUAAUUCAGAUCCAGGACAAUGGCACUGGAAUCAGGAAGGAAGAUCUGGAUAUUGUGUGCGAGAGGUUCACCACAAGUAAACUGCAGACUUUUGAAGAUUUAGCCAGCAUUUCUACCUAUGGCUUUCGGGGUGAGGCUUUGGCAAGCAUAAGCCAUGUGGCUCAUGUUACUAUUACAACCAAAACAGCUGAUGGCAAAUGUGCAUACAGAGCAAGUUACUCAGAUGGAAAGCUGAAAGCCCCUCCUAAGCCAUGUGCAGGCAACCAGGGUACCCAGAUUACGGUGGAGGACCUUUUUUACAACAUAAUGACAAGGAGGAAAGCCUUGAAAAAUCCAAGUGAAGAGUAUGGGAAAAUUUUAGAAGUUGUUGGCAGGUAUUCAAUACACAAUUCAGGCAUUAGUUUCUCAGUUAAAAAACAAGGUGAGACAGUGCCUGAUAUCAGAACACUACCCAAUGCCACGACCGUGGACAACAUUCGCUCCAUCUUUGGAAAUGCUGUUAGUCGAGAGCUGAUAGAAGUUGGGUGUGAGGAUAAAACCCUGUCUUUCAAAAUGAAUGGCUAUAUAUCCAAUGCAAACUACUCCAUGAAGAAGUGCAUUUUCCUGCUCUUCAUCAACCACCGGCUGGUAGAAUCAGCUGCCUUGAGAAAAGCCAUAGAAACUGUAUAUGCAGCAUAUUUGCCCAAAAACACACACCCAUUCCUGUACCUCAGUUUGGAAAUCAGUCCCCAGAAUGUAGAUGUCAAUGUGCACCCCACCAAGCAUGAAGUUCACUUUCUGCAUGAGGAGAGUAUCCUGGAGCGUGUGCAACAGCACAUUGAGGGCAAGCUGUUGGGGUCCAAUUCGUCCAGGACGUAUUUCACCCAGACCUUGCUUCCAGGACUUGCUGGACCCUCUGGGAAGGUGGUUAAGCCCACAACAGGUGUGGCGUCCUCAUCUACCAGUGGAAGUACUGACAAGGUCUAUGCUCACCAGAUGGUCCGCACAGACUCCCGGGACCAGAAGCUCGAUGCCUUUUUACAGCCUGUGAGCAGGGCUCUGCCCAGCCAGCCCCAGGACCCUGUCCAAGGGGACAGGAGAGAGGGCUCUCCUGAAGAUGCCAUGCAGAGAGACGAGGAGAUGGUUGAGCUUCCAGCCCCCGCUGACGCAGCUGCCAUGAGUCAGAAUUUGGAGAGGGACGCAGUACAAGAGGUUUCAGAAGAGGCACAGAAAACAGCACCCACUUGCAGUCCAGGCAACCCCAGAAAGAGGCACCGGGACGAUUCUGAUGUGGACAUGAUGGAAGAUGACUCCCGGAAGGAAAUGACAGCGGCGUGUUACCCCCGGAGGAGGAUCAUUAACCUCACCAGUGUUUUGAGUCUCCAGGAAGAAAUUAACGAGCGAGGCCAUGAGACUCUUCGGGAGAUGCUCCGCAACCAUUCCUUUGUGGGCUGUGUGAAUCCUCAGUGGGCCUUGGCACAGCACCAGACCAAGCUAUACCUCCUCAAUACUACCAAACUCAGUGAAGAGCUGUUCUACCAGAUACUCAUUUAUGACUUUGCCAACUUUGGUGUUCUGAGGUUAUCGGAACCAGCACCACUCUUUGACCUCGCCAUGCUGGCCUUAGACAGUCCUGAAAGUGGCUGGACAGAGGAAGAUGGCCCGAAGGAAGGACUUGCAGAAUACAUUGUUGAGUUUCUGAAGAAGAAAGCUGAGAUGCUUGCAGACUAUUUCUCUUUGGAAAUUGAUGAGGAAGGGAACCUGAUUGGAUUACCCCUUCUGAUUGACAACUAUGUUCCCCCUUUGGAGGGACUGCCUCUCUUCAUCCUUCGACUGGCCACAGAGGUAAAUUGGGAUGAAGAGAAGGAAUGUUUUGAAAGCCUCAGUAAGGAAUGUGCUAUGUUUUACUCCAUUCGGAAGCAGUAUAUACUGGAGGAGUCAGCCCUCUCAGGCCAGCAGAGUGACAUGCCUGGCUCUACCCCAAAGCCCUGGAAGUGGACUGUGGAACACAUUAUCUAUAAAGCCUUCCGCUCACACCUCCUGCCUCCGAAGCAUUUCACAGAGGAUGGAAAUGUCCUGCAGCUCGCCAACCUGCCAGAUCUGUACAAAGUCUUUGAGAGGUGUUAAAUAUGGCUGUAGCCACCUUAGUGACUGUGCAUCCACUGUUCAAGACGAAGUACGUUCUACAGAUGAGGAAGCCAUAGGGGAGCUGGUGUGCUUCAGGGUUUCCAGUGCUCGCUGCUCAUGCUUUGUAUCCCAUCGUUGUUGCUAUAACUUAAUGUUAAAAAUUCUCAUUUGCCUUCAUGUGUGGAUUGACUGCAAA